GUCCGAUCCCAGUGGGAACAUGAGUAGCUUUGAACUCGAUACAGUCCAGCCCGCAGACUCCGUCGAGUUCUGUCCCCAGAAUGACCUGCAUGACAUUCUGGUAUGCGGCACUUACGAACUGGAUACCACAUCUGCAAUCAACGACAGCGGGCCACCACGGCCUCAACGUCAACAGCGACGCGGGAAAUGUCUGGUGUUCCGUGCGCACACAUCUCCUGAACUCCAGCUGGAACAACUACAGGAAUUUCUGCUUCCAGCCGUGCUGGAUAUGAAAUGGUGUCAUCGGGCCACUGGAAACCAGGCAACACUUGCGAUCGCCGAUUCUGAAGGUCAUAUCACGUUGUGUGGUUGGGUUCAUGAAGAGGCAAGGUUGCAACCGACUUUUCAUCAGGCUAUUAUCACUAAAACGCUGGAUCAGGGGCAGCUAGCUACCCUACAAAGCAUUGCUUGUGCUUCCGAGGACAUCUUAUGCCUUUCCCUUGACUGGUCCUCGCGGCGACAUGAGUCGAGCAACCUUGGAAGCAUAAUCUGCUCGCUAUCGAACGGAUCUCUUGCUCUACUGCGCUCAGACUCUCAAGAACUGCUAUUGGCAACUAGCUGGCAUGCACAUGAGUUUGAGCCUUGGAUAGCUGCUUGGGAUUACUGGAACGAGAAUGUCGUAUAUUCAGGCGGGGACGAUCUGAAAAUGAAAGGCUGGGAUAUAAGGCAAGAUCUCGCCCAGCCUACCUUCAUAAACAAGAGGUUCGAUGCUGGCAUUACAACAAUCCAAAGUCAUCCUUAUCAGGAGCACGUCAUAGCGGUGGGAAGUUACGAUAAUACUGUUCGAAUAUUCGACGUCAGGAAACCCUUGUCACCUCUGGUACAAAUCGGCGUCGGCGGCGGUGCUUGGAGGGUAAAAUGGCAUCCCUGUGCGGAACGCAAGCAAGACCUGCUCGUGGCUUGUAUGCAUGAUGGCUCCAAGACCGUUGACACCACCGAGGGCAACUUGACAAUCACCAAACAUUACACUGGACAUGGAUCCUUGGCUUACGGUGCUGAUUGGUCUUCUAGCAAAGAUCGCAGAUCAGGGAUAAGACAAACUUUAGUAGCCAGUUGUUCCUUUUACGAUCAUGCUCUACAUCUAUGGUAUGGGUAGCACAGCCAUUCGCUGUAUCCAGGUACUUUAUGGUGCUGGAGAACUGUCUUUCAUCUGAAUUUUGUGGGGAAUGUCUGUCGGAUGGUAACGAGGCUCUGAUUUCUUCCAGAUACGCACAUUUGGUCCGUUCAUGACAUAGGCCAAUGUCCAUUUCGAAAGCCCUCGAAGAGCCUCAGGUUGCUGAGUUGCCACGGUGAGCAAAUAGGCUAACGAGAGCCCGAAUGUCAGGCUUUCCAACCCACGGUAUGCAAGGCUUCUACCUGUCAUCCGAUUCACAGGAAGGGUCGCCCUCAGGGCACGUGGGAGAACGUAUAAUGCCAUUUCUCCCCUUCUUCGCGCACUUUCUAUCCAUAUGGAUGCUCCACAGACAACGGAUCCGCCAAAAACGCAUCCAUACUGCCCGUCCCAGAAAUCAUGGGAAAUCCAUGGCAUUAGCCUGCCGAGGACUAGUGUUCGCACACAGCAUAUUGUAAACCAGUAUGAAGAGAGGAAUGCCGAUAAGAACGUUGCGCUGCGACACGCAGCAAGGAAGGUUCUGACAACAUUGCCUAAGCGCAUGAGAGAAGAAGGCCUAGUUGAUAACGAUGGAAGGAAGUGUACCGGAAGGUACAGAACUAAAGCUUGAAUGAACGCUUGCGCACCCCGAGCCAACGCGUUUGAUAGGCAGCCAUCAGAGAGUCCCCAACGGCCCGGUAUACCUCCGUGUACGAUCUCGCACGGUAAUCCACCGACCCCUUUGCGACCAGGAUAUGCGAUACUACUCCAGAUGGCGCUAGCUUCAGAGCCUCCAUAAGCUGGUAGUGCGUGAGGAUCACCCCAUAUAGGAGGGUGACCUAGCUCUCUCGAGAGCGACGUUAAGAGAUGCGCCUGGUCAGGAGAUCCGUGCUUGUAGGACCAUUGUCCAUUACGGAGGGCUCUCAGGACAUCAAGGAGACGCUGGUCUGCGUUGGCCAAAGAGUUGAUCCU